CAUUCACAAUAUUAUUGACUCUCCUUGCAGUAUACCCUUGCGCCCCACGGCACAGCAGAUGCUGUGACGGUCGCCAUGAUGAGCUGGGAUUUUGCCUGCAGCAGCAAGCAGUAGUUGGAGACGGCAAGCGACCAGGGAGGAAGGCAGUGUCCUGGACUGGUAUAAGCAAGAAUAUCGCUUCUUUUAUUGACAGGAAAGCGUUCAACCCCUUCGGAGAAACCGCCUUUUCGACGGAUACGGCAAUGGACAUAUACUCGAACCAUGGUUUUUAAACCGCGAAGAGGGCCAGGCAGAUGAUUUUUUUUUUAAAGAAGAUUUGGACUUAAAAGAAAAAACGAGCUAGCUUAAGCCUUUCGCCCUUCCAUUCUCAGACUCAACAGAGGAGGGGCAUUGGGGCUUUGUAGCAUUGCAGAUCUAGUGUUGAUGCAUUUUUUUUUGUCGCUGCAGAAUUGACAACCACAGAUAAUAACUCAGGGGAUUGCUAUAACUGCAUUGUCACGGGUAAUAUUUUCAUCGCUUGGAAUUUUGCCAGGAAGAAGACUAGAAAAAUACGAAAGGAAAUAAUACCAGCGGCGUUCAUAAGGCUAACAAUACGUCAAAAUCUGCCGGCCAGGGCAGGGUCUGGUAAUUGUGAAUUCUUUAUGUGUCUUGGGGGAAUAGGUUAGCUAACUAAAUAAAAUGAGGAAAAUGUACAUGUCUCGCACAACUCCGAGAUACUCUAUCGAUACCUUUUGUGAGAGGUGGCUCAUGAUAGAUCUAUUUUAGCUCGCUAGUAACUCGCUUGUAUCAAAACUUCAAAGUUUUUUUUCCCAUCUCAUUUUACUACAAGGUGAAACGAGCAAGACUAACUUCUGUUCGUCACCGGUAAGCCUGAAUAUAAGGCUUAACUAUUUUAAGUGAGUUUCUAUCAUUUUCACGACUGCCAUCAUCACCAGACUACAGUACGAAUCAUGUCGGGAGAGGUCCGUUUGAAGAAACUGGAAAAGCUGAUCCUGGACGGCCCAGCUAAGUCAAAUGGCCAAUGCCUUAGUGUGGAAACGCUAUUGGAUAUCCUUAUCUGCCUUUAUGAUGAGUGCAACAACUCACCCCUCAGAAGAGAGAAAAACAUAUUGGAGUUUCUAGAUUGGGCCAAACCCUUCACUUCCCAGGUGAAACAGAUGCGCCUGCACAAAGAGGACUUUGAGAUCCUCAAGGUGAUUGGACGAGGAGCCUUUGGAGAGGUUGCUGUGGUCAAAGUGAAGAAUGCAGACAAGGUGUUUGCCAUGAAGAUCCUCAACAAGUGGGAGAUGCUGAAGAGAGCAGAGACGGCGUGUUUCCGGGAGGAGCGGGACGUGCUGGUGAACGGGGACAGCCAGUGGAUCACCACCCUGCACUACGCCUUCCAGGAUGACAACAACCUGUAUCUGGUGAUGGAUUAUUAUGUGGGUGGGGACCUGCUCACCCUGCUUAGUAAGUUUGAAGACCGGUUGCCGGAGGACAUGGCUAGAUUCUACCUAGCUGAGAUGGUGCUGGCUAUUGACUCUGUGCACCAACUGCACUAUGUCCACAGGGACAUCAAGCCAGACAACAUCCUGAUGGACAUGAAUGGCCACAUCCGCUUGGCAGACUUCGGCUCCUGCCUGAAACUCAUGGAGGACGGCACGGUCCAGUCGUCGGUUGCCGUGGGGACCCCGGACUACAUCUCUCCGGAGAUCCUGCAGGCGAUGGAAGAUGGGAAGGGGAAGUAUGGUCCUGAGUGUGACUGGUGGUCCCUGGGCGUGUGCAUGUACGAGAUGCUGUAUGGGGACCCCUUCUACGCAGAGUCAUUGGUGGAGACCUACGGCAAGAUCAUGAACCACAAGGAGCGUUUCCAGUUCCCCCUGCAGAUGACGGACGUGUCCGAAGAGGCCAAGGACCUUAUCCGGCGCCUCAUCUGCAGCCGUGAGCACCGCCUGGGCCAGAACGGCAUUGAGGACUUCAAAUCUCACCCCUUCUUCUCUGGCAUCGACUGGGACAACAUCCGUACGUGCGAGGCCCCUUACAUACCAGAAGUCAGUAGCCCCACAGACACGUCCAACUUUGACGUGGACGAUGACUGUCUCAAGAACUCGGAGACGAUGCCCCCUCCCUCUCACACGGCCUUCUCUGGACACCACCUGCCCUUCGUAGGCUUCACCUACACCAGUAAAUGUACCCUAUCUGACCGGGGCUGUUUGAGGGAAUCGGGUGGUUCGGGUCCGGCACAGAUGGAUGUGUGUGUCCAGCGCAGUCUGGAGGAGAGUCUAGCUACCGAGGCCUACGAGAGGAGGAUACGACGCCUGGAGCAGGAGAAGACUGAGCUCAGCCGCAAGCUGCUAGAGUCGACCCAGACAGUCCAGGCCCUGCAGCACGCGCCAGGAGAAUUACCAGCAUCCGUCCCCUCUAACAAGGAGGUGGAGAUCAGGAGUCUGAAGACUGAGAUUGACAUCCUCAAGAAACAGAUCGCAGACUCGGGUCAACUGGAGCAGAAGUUGGAGGAAGCUACAUCAGCCCGUCGAGAAAUGGAGGGCUCAUCCAAACACAUCAGGAGCCUGGAGAAACAGAUGAAGAGCCUCAACCUGGAGAGGGACGACCUGCACAAGGACUUAAUGGAGGCCAGUGAGAAGAUGAAGAGUCAGUCUAAGGAGUUGAAAGAAGCCCACAGCCAGAGGAAGCUGGCCAUGCAGGAGUUCUCCGAGCUCAACGAGCGUUUGACUGACCUCCGAUCAGCCAAGCAGCGCCUGGGCCGUCAGCUCCGGGACAAGGAGGAGGAGAUGGAGGGUUUGUCCCAGAAGGUGGAGGCUCUACGGCUGGAGGUGCGCAAGGCCGAGAGGUCCAAGAAGGAGAUGGAGGCCCAGUCUGAGGAGCAGACAGCAGACGCUCAGAAGGAGAGGAAGCUGAGAGAACGAUCAGAGCAGCACUGCAGACAGCUAGAGGAGGAGCUGGACGGACUCAAGAAGCAGGUGGGGCCGUCCGCUUCGGUGGUGGGCUCGGACCAGAGCCAGGAAGUGGGGAAGCUGCGUGCCGACCUGGAGAAGAAGACCUUGUUCUACGAGGAGGAGCUGAGCAGGAGGGAGGCGCAGCACGCCAACGAGCUCAAGGGCCUCCGCAAGGAGCUCCGCGACGCUGAGGGACAGCAACUCACCCUGCAGAAGGAGAUCCUGGUGCUCAAGGACAAACUGGAGAAGACGCGCAGGGAGAGCCAAAGUGAGCGUGAGGAGUUUGAGACUGAGUACAAGCAGAAGUACGAGAGAGAGAGGGUCAUUUUGACCGAGGAGAACAAGAAGCUCUCCAGUGAACUGGACAAGCUGACGUCCAUGUUUGAGAAGCUGAGCAGCAGCAACAGACAGCUGGAGGAGGAGAUGAGGGAGCUGGCUGACAAGAAGGAGAGCGUUGCUCACUGGGAGGCCCAGAUCACUGAGAUCAUACAGUGGGUGAGCGAUGAGAAGGAUGCGCGAGGUUACCUCCAGGCUCUGGCCACUAAGAUGACUGAGGAGCUGGAGGGACUGAGAAACACCAGCCUAGGUGCCAGGGCCCCGGACAUGCCGUGGAAGGUGCGGAGGUUCGCUAAGCUGGACAUGUCAGCCCGUCUGGAGCUGCAGUCUGCACUGGACGCUGAGAUCAGAGCCAAGCAGACCAUCCAGGACGAACUGAACAAAGUCAAGGCCUCCAACAUCUCCACUGAGUGUAAGCUGCAGGAGUCGGACACUAAGAACCAGGACCUGCUAGCUGAGAUUGAGAGGCUGAAGAAGGAGACGGAGGAGCUCCGCCUGCGCAGGGGUGUGAAGCACCAGGACUCCCAGAACUCUUUUCUGGCCUUCCUCAACGCCCCCACCACAGCCUUGGACCAGUUCGAUGAUUAUUUCUCCUCGUCCUCAUCCUCUUUGAUAGAUUUUUGGGAAGACCGCUCUCCAUCCGUUGGGCCAACUAGCAAAGGCAGACGUGUGGACUCUGUGGACAACUUCACUCCCUCCAACACUCCAUCCAGAGGCGAGGACUCCAAGUCCCAGCUCAAGUCACGCUCACGAUCGCCCUCCAUGGCCAGCGACGUGGAGCCUAUCGAGUUGAUAGACCACCCCCCACGGCCAGUCCAGACCGCCACCAUGCGGUCAGGAGGGUACGGUAGUAUUGGCCGCUCAUCACCCAAGCCCAAAGCCCACCAGUUUGUGGUGAAGUCCUUCAGUGCUCCAACCAAGUGUAACCAGUGCACCUCUCUCAUGGUGGGACUCAUCCGCCAGGGCUGCACCUGCGAAGUUUGUAACUUCUCAUGCCACGUGACAUGUGCUGACAAGGCUCCAGCAGUGUGCCCCGUGCCACACGACCAGACCAAGGGGCCAUUGGGCAUUGACCCUCAGAGGGGCAUCGGCACUGCCUACGAGGGACACGUCAGAGUGCCCAAGCCAAUGGGGGUGAAGAAGGGUUGGCAGCGGGCUGUUGCCGUAGUGUGUGACUUCAAGCUCUUCCUGUAUGAGCUUGGAGAGGGCAAGGCCACGACGCCCAGUGUGGUGGUCAGUCAGGUCAUAGACAUGAGGGAUGAGGAGUUUUCAGUCAGCUCUGUUCUGGCGUCUGACGUCAUUCACGCCAGCCGCAAGGACAUCCCAUGUAUAUUCAGGGUGACUGCUGCCCAGCUGUCCGCCUCCUCCAGUCACAAGCCUUCCAUCCUGAUCCUGGCCGACACCGACCACGAGAGGAACAAGUGGGUGGGGCUUCUCAACGAGCUGCAGCGCAUCCUCAAGAAGAACAAGCUGAAGGAACGCUUCGUCUACGUGCCCAAAGAGGCCUACGACAGCACGCUGCCGCUCAUCAAGACCACGCAGUCCGCCGCUAUUAUAGACCACGAGCGUGUUGCCCUGGGCAACGAGGAGGGCCUUUAUGUUAUCCAUGUCACCAAAGAUGAGAUCAUCCGCGUGGGAGACAAUAAGAAGGUCUACCACAUCGACCUGGUCCCCCAGGAGCAGCUCCUAGCAGUCAUCUCCGGUCGUAACCGCCACGUCCGCCUCUUCCCCAUGGCCGCGCUGGACGGACGGGAGAUGGACUCCUACAAGCUGGCCGAGACCAAGGGCUGCACGACGCUGGUGUCCGGGCCCGUCCGAAACAACUCCCUCAUCUGUCUGUGUGUGGCCAUGAAGAGACAGGUCAUCUGUUACGAGGUGAACAAGAGCAAGGCGCGCCACCGCCGGCUGCGGGAGCUCCAAACCCCAGGUCCUGUCCAAUGGAUGGGUCUCCUGAGCGAGCGGUUGUGUGUGGGCUACCAGGCUGGCUUCACGCGCUACAGCGUGCACGGGGACUGUGCCCCGGUCAGCCUACUGCACCCCGAGGACCACACCCUGGCCUUCAUAUCCCAGCAGGGCCUGGAUGCGUUGUGUGCCGUGGAGAUCUCCUCCAAGGAGCUGCUGCUAUGCUUCUCAGCCAUAGGGGUCUAUGUGGACUCGCAGGGCCGUCGUUCGCGCCAGCAGGAGCUGAUGUGGCCGGCCGUGCCCAACUCCGCCUGUUAUAACGCCCCCUACCUGUCAGUGUACAGUGAGAAUGCUGUGGAUGUGUUUGAUGUCAACACAAUGGAGUGGAUUCAGACCAUCCCACUAAAGAAGGUGCGACCUCUGAACCCUGACGGAUCCCUGAACCUCCUGGGUCUGGAGACCGUGAGGCUCAUAUACUUCCGAAACAAGACGGCAGAGGGUGAUGAGCUGGUGGUCCCCGAGACUUCUGACAACAGCAGGAAGCAGAUGGUUCGCAGCUUGAACAACAAGAGACGCUUCUAUUUCAGAGUCCCCGAAGAGGAGAGGCUACAGCAGAGGAGAGAGAUGCUGAGAGACCCAGAGAUGAGGAACAAGCUGAUCUCCAACCCCACCAACUUCAACCACGUGGCCCACAUGGGACCUGGGGACGGCAUCCAGAUCCUCAAAGACCUGCCCAUGAACGUGCGUGUUCAGGAGAGUCGUGCUGCAGGCUUCAGUGGCUCCGUGUCCAUCCCCUCCAUCACCAAGAACAGAGCCGAGCCGGGACGGUCCAUGAGCGCCAGCAGUGGACUGGGCAUCCGUUCGUCAUCUCAGAACGGCAAUGCGUUGAGGAGAGAGCUGUCCGGGGGUAGCUACAGCUCUAAGCGCCAGACCAUGACCUCUCCCUCCGAGAGCUCCUUGUCCUCCGGAGGUGGUAUGGACGGCUGCAGCGACGCUCCCCUCUCCCAGUUCGACAGAGAGUGGCAGGCGGUCUCACCAUCGGAGAAGACCCCCGAUCUGAAAAGGGCUUUAAGGACCCUGCUUAGUAAGAUGAAGGACUCUGACUCACCCCGUCACUCGACGGCGUCCAACAGUUCUACGUUCAGCAGUCCCCCCAGCCCGGCCUCACCCCACAAGACCAAGUCCCUCUCACUGGAGAGCACAGACCGCAUGAGUGGCUGGGACACAUGAGUGACAGACCGCACACAGCUCCAUUCCCUGACCCUCACCAAGCUCCCGGGCCCGCCCCCCCCUUCCUGGGCCCUGCCCACGGAACUGCACCCGCUGCCACAGGGAAAGGAAGUGUUUGACCAAGAGGGAAAUACUGGGAAAGGGUGUGUGUGUGUGUGUGUGUGUGUGUGUGUGUGUGUGUGUGUGUGUGUGUGUGUGUGUGUGUGUGUGUGUGUGUGUGUGUGUGUGUGUGUGUGUGUGUGUGUGUGUGUGUGUGUGUGUGUGUGUGUUUUUUGAGGGAGGGCAUACAAUAUAGGAAUUCAAAUGUACACCCCCUUUCAUCUGCUUUGUAGCUGAUAACCAGAAUAAGCGAAGUACUUUUGAUUGCAGCACUAUUAGCCCCGUAUAGAUUAUUAUGUCAUUGGCAACUCCUGUAAAGAGACACACAAACCUCAAGAUGCGACAGAAGAGAAGAGGAUCAAUAUGAAGCAACAGAUAAUUUGAUACGUGUACAUAGCACCCUUUGGGCUUGGGGGGUGGCCACCGUUUAUUUAUUCAUCUAUCUAUCGAAGACAUGGAGAGCAAGGUGCUUUGCAGCUAGAGGAGAAAGAGAGGAUGUUUUCACUCUCUCUUUUUCCUUCUUGUUGCUUUCUUCCAAAAACGGUAGUUGGCAGCAGAAGAAGAGGGGGAAUUCCAUUUACAAUACAAGGCUCACAAAAUAACUUUUUUUUUUAAUUAAGAAAAAAAGAAAGCAAUGAUGUAUUUUUUAUUUUUUUGCUCAUGAAGUGAAAUAUGUGCCGUGACUUAAUUUCUUCGUACCAUCGGCGAAAAGCUACAGUAAAGCAGUACAAAAAUACAAGUAUGGUUAGGGAUAUUUUAACUCUAGGUGACACCUCGCUGGCUUCAUGCUCUCGAAUUCUUAGGGACAGCAGUGUUUUAGAAGCAGACUGAACAUUCUAUGAUGACAUCACAGCUCCUUAUGCGACUUCCUCAUGACAUGGGCCAGUGACCUCAUCCAGUGAUCUGGGACCAUUUUCCAUGUAGUGUCGACCUAGUACCAUAAGUGCAUGAAUAGACCAACCACCGAUCAAUUCCAAAAAGCCGUUUCCCAUCACAACCAUGUACAUAGGUUAAAAUCAGAGAAUAAUAUAUGAUAAGGGAAAUACAAUAGAGAAAUAGAUGAUGGGGAGAAGAUCCUCGAUUCCUGUUUAUCUUUUGAGUAUGAUUUGGGGUGAUAUCCGCACAAAAGCCAUUUUAAACCACUUCAAGUUCCUCUGAUUGCUUUUAGAUUUGUUUUAGUUUUUUUCUUCCUAUUUCAUAUAUGAGACACAAACUGUCAAGUGUCAUUUUGAUUUGCGUUUGAGGAAACUAAUAUUAUGGGUCGCAUGGACCCCAUGCUGUUAAGUGAAUGUGGAUUUAUUUGAAGAGAUCGUCUUGUCACAGAUGCAUGCGUUCACACACACACACACACACACACACACACACACACACACACACACACACACACACACACACACACACACACACACACACACACACACACACACACACACGCACGCGCACGCGCGCGGCGAAUACACACACACUGCCGUUUCCCCCGCCACUCUUUCCACUAUGGUCCACAGUUGGAUCAGUUUGAGGUGGGAUUGCAUCUUUCCUAACUGACAGUGAUUCUGAAACACUAAGUGUGUAUUUCCAUACUUUUCUCUGUGGUACCAACGUGUGAACCUGAAACAUGUUGUAUCCUUUGACUUCCGAGAGAGAUUUUGGAAAGCUUGUUAUAACCAAAAAUAGAAUGACUUGGAAUCUUGAGUCUUCGUUGUUUUUCAGACAGCCUUGCUUAUUUUGAAGAAUGUUUUGAUAGGUUAUGGGGGGGGGACAAUUGUAGAUGUCGAUUUGACUAGACAGGCAGACAGCGCUAGGCUGAAAUGGGGGGUCAAAAAAGAGUGAAAUAAUGGAAAAGAAAUGCUAAGAUGACAAGUUCAAUGUUUAAUUUCUGUUCCAAUCCUCCCUGCUGUCAUUGAUAUGUUCUUACUAUUAACUGGUAAGCUGUAUAUUACUGUCUGGUAAUGCAAUAACCUUGAUACAAGUCACAAAUUGGGGUCAAUUCCAUUUUUUUUUUCAAUUCAAGUCCCAUUCCAAUUUUCCUCAAUGCUUCUUUGUGACAAAUUUGGAAUUAGAAUUUCUGUUUACUUUCUGAAUUGCCUACAUUGAAAUGGACCCCAACCCGAAUGCAAAUCACAGCAUGGUGUUGUUGAUGUGUAUUCAUAUGUGGAAAUGAAACAAGCUUUGGGUCGAGUGCCUAGAUCAGCUGACUCUUCUCUCUCACGCGGAAGGGAGGGGACUUUUUUUUUCAUUUCUAAUGAGGAAUCAUUUUUAUGUUCCAGACCGUUUAAUGAAUGACCGCUGUUACUUACUGUUCAAAGGAACCUUCUGUCUUAAGGUUUAGGAGUGUUGAAGUGUACCAAGUAGUCAAACAUGGCAGUUUAUCUAUCCUAGUCAGAAGUGUAUAAAAAUAUAUAAGAUUUCAGAUUUCUGCUUUCAUUCGUGCCAUUGGGGGCCUAAACCUUAACCCUAAACCACAAUUCUAUUCUAUUCCCUUGAAAAUACAGUAAUUUAUCUCUAGCCUACUCAUUCCACAUGUUUUUAGAAUUCCAUUUUAUAUUGAGCUUUUGCAAAAUAAGAAUUUGCCUUUAGACGUCAGUCUCGCUAAGUUGGUUUUACUCAACCGUCUCAACUUAACCACCGCUCUUAAGAUUUCCUUUUUAAAGCUACCAAGAGUCUCUAUUCAUAUCUGCUGGGCCUUGUCUGUAGAAUAUAUUAGCUAAGAAGCGAAGAUGAAAUAUCUUAGUCUGAGAGUAUGAUAGACCAGGCUUUAUACUGUAUAGUUAAAGGCCCGAAAUCCCACUUUAAAAAAAAAUAAAAAAAAAUAAAAACUCAGGAAUGUCAGAACCAAUGAUUAUUUUCACCCGAACAAUGGAAGUGAGUGUGACAGGACAGACUGCACUUGGGAAAGAAGAGCUACAUUUAGCCGUAGUGUAGCCAGCUGUGACUAGGCCUACGGGUCUAAAGAUUCAGGUGGAAGAAAAGACGGAUACACAGAGGAAGAACUCAGACAAGUGUUUUGAAUUAAGGAUGAAAAGGGGUGAAGGAGCAGAUGGAGGGGUAGUAGUUUGAGGCUGAGGUGUCACCAUGAUAACCAUUAAAAAAUAUAAAAGAAACGCCUUUGCAUUUCAGUGAGGUCUUAUCUUCAGUUCCUUCUAUAUUAUUUUGUUCUUUCAUAUCAUAUUAUACACCUUGUUUUUCUAGGAUUGCUUUGUAAUAAUUUGUACAGUUUUGCAUGUUAUAGAUGUAAUCAUUUGAUUUGUUUUUGGAUUUGUUUUUAAUUUUGACUUGCUCAUUUUAUUUGAACGGUUGUGGGGAGUUUUAUUGAGGAUACCCACUACAGGUGAUGUAGAUUCUUUUUGCACAGAAAUAUUUAAGGUGUAAGGUCAAACAAAUAAUGUAUGGAAACUGGCCACCACACUUGUGGAGAACUCAUUAUAUUAACCUGACUCCAAUGUAUUUCAAUAAAGCGGAGGGCUGUUACAAAUACGGCUUCACUGA